GAUGAUACCAUUCCCAUUGUUGGUCCAGAUCUAAGGGGUUUACUGAGGUGAUCUACUUCGCCCUGACAGUCGCAAUGGUUCUCCCGAAUUUUUCACGAGUAUCGCAGUAUUUGCCUGUUCUUGCACUGCUCGUCGGCAAUGUCUGCUCGCAAGCGGAUGAGCCAGCAGUUCAGAAUCAUAUAAGAAGAAGGACUGAACUUAUAGCACAGGAAAAGCUUCAACGUCAAGACCAUGAAUUCCGGUCUACUCUAUCACCUGUAGCGCAACAAGCUGAAGCGAUCGUUGGCGCGAUCCGUCAGUAUGAGAUAGAUAAUUUCUGGAGAAAGCCGGCAGGGAUCGAGCUAGAGGAUAACGAGAGAUUCGCUGGAGAAAUCUUUGCUAACGCCAAACCUCUCAUUCCUUCUACGAAGCUCUGGCAAAUUGUGUCCAAAUUGCCAAAAGGGGCUCUGCUACACGUUCACUCCAGCGCUAUCCUCCAAUUUGAGACCAUAUUCAACAUACUUCUCGACACUGAUGGAAUCGUCAUCACAAGCUCGCAGGAUAUCUCGACUGAACUUGCUGCCGAGAACACUACAAUCGCCUUUUCACAUGUGACUGACCUAGCAGCUGAUCCCAAAGUAGCAAAUGUUUCUAUCGAGUCUCCAUACUAUCAAGGUGGAACUAAGGUUCCUGCAGUGUAUGCAGCGGAGAGCUUCUCAGGCGGCAGGUCAGCAUUCAUCGAAUUCCUGAUGACGAAAGUGGCCGUCACGAGAGAUGAUGUCCUUCGCCAUGAUCUUGGUGUUGAUGAAAUCUGGAGAAAAUUCCAGUCAUGCUUUGAUCCAGCUGGAUCGGCGAUGACGUACGAACCAGUCGUUCGAAAGACAUACCAGAGUGUUUUCAAUGCCUGGGUGGACGACGGCAUCACCUGGGUUGAGCUUCGGUCUGGCGGAUCAUCUGCCAAGUUGGUUCCUGAGGGCAAGGACACUCCAAACCCUGAUCUCGACUUCUGGAUCCGCGUACUAUUGGAAGAAUUGAACAAAUUCCAAGCGACAGAGAAAGGCAAAAAUCUUUGGGGAGUUCGGAUCAUUUGGGCAGAUUAUCGUGGUCUGAAUCCGUCUCAACUUAUGAGUAAUAUGGACAAAGCCAUCGAACGCAAGAUGCACUUCCCCGAUCUAUUCAGUGGCUACGAUGUUGUGGCACAGGAAGAUUUAGGGCGAACACUUCUAGAUUUGGCCCCUGAACUCUUGUGGUUUCAAAACAAGACCCAGGCGUUGAAUUUGACAUACCCCUUUUUCUUCCACGCAGGAGAAACCCUUGGAGACGGUAACUCUACCGAUAACAACCUUUUUGACGCCUUGUUGUUCGAUAGUCGCCGUAUUGGUCACGGAUUUUCCUUAUACAAGCAUCCAUUACUACUCGACCAAUAUAAGGAGAAGAAAAUCAUGGUCGAGGUUUGCCCAAUCUCGAACGAAGUUUUGAGAUUGAGUACUGACAUCUUACACCACCCAAUACCUGCAAUGAUUGCUCAUGGUGUAGCCACGGCUAUUAGCAACGACGAUCCAGCCAUUCUAGGAGAAGAUGCAGCAGGUUUGAGUUACGACUAUUAUCAAGUCAUUCAAGGAUUUGAUAAUAUUGGACUGGGGGGCCUGGGUGCCUUGGCUCAAAACUCAGUUCGCUGGUCAAAUUUUGUGGACCAAAGUCAAGAGGAGUGGAUCCAUGACAUCGAGCUCGGAGUUGACGGGACCGGCGUAAAAGCAGAGCGAUUGAGGCUGUGGCAGGAAAAGUGGGAGUCAUACUGUCAAUGGAUUGUGGAUGAAUACGCAGACUGGAACGCAACACUGAUUACCCAUCACAGGCUGUAGCUCAUAUAAAAGCUAUCACAGGGGCUACGUGAGUUUAAAUGUGAGCUUUAUUACUCAUAAUCAGACUGACCUCACUCAAGAGGUACGAGAUGAUUUAGAGAGUUAAACUGUUACUAAAUCUAUUAGUCAUUAAUCGAUUUUUCAC